UUGGAUCGAAGUUAGAGAGAGAGAGAGAGAGAGAGAGAGAGAGAGAAGCGUUCAUGGAGUGUUAGAGUCGCUCACGCGCACAACCUCUUACAGAGCAGUAGAUCAGAGACCCUUGAAAUCGAAGUUUCCACUACAGUCGCAGAAGGGAAUUUUGUUGGGAACGAAUCUACACGCAGAGAGAGAGAGAGAGAGAGAGAGAGAGAGAGAGAGAGAGGGAGGAAUCAAAGAAGGUGAAACUGAAAAGAUUGGGAGAGGAGUAGCAGAGAAGCGAUCAAGGAGUCAUCAGGCGACGAAAUCGUUCUCCUGUUUUACUAGACUGAUUUAUCAGGAGAGAUAGAACGAUAGAGGGGUGGCGUCGGUGGGGGCAUAGUCUGUUUAAUUUGGGAUACUAAAUCUGGCAACCUUUGAGGGGUUAAGAGCAAGGGCGCCCCUGAAGCAACCGAUAACGGAGGACGACGAGGAGGCCUGCAGGCCUUGGCGUCGCAGGUUAUCAAUGGCGGUGAAAUGGGCCUCCGUCUUCAGGAUCGCCCUUCUUCUCGUCCUCUUGGGCGCCAUUACCAUAGCUUGCUUUACUCUUCCCGUCGAGAAGAUGUUAAAAGAUUUCCUGCUAUGGAUUAAACACAAUCUUGGGCCUUGGGGUCCACUUGUUUUGGCCAUUGCAUACAUCCCUUUGACAGUUCUAGCAGUUCCAGCUUCAGUACUCACGCUUGGAGGUGGUUAUCUCUUUGGGUUACCCAUUGGCUUUGUUGCCGAUUCAAUUGGUGCUACCAUUGGUGCUACGGCUGCAUUCCUUCUUGGUAGAACAAUUGGGAGGUCUUAUGUCAUCUCUAAGUUAAAGGAUUAUCCAAAGUUUCAGGCAGUUGCAAUUGCAAUUCAGAGAUCUGGAUUCAAG